UGCCGCAAUGGGGAAAGCUAUAGGGAAAGUCUUCACAGAAUCAUACCAUGGAUUGUGCACCUUCCAUAUAAUGCAAAAUGCGGUCAAACAUUUAUCUCCAUUGAAGGGCGAAGAAAAAGAUGAAGGGAAAGAGAAAGAGAAAGAUGAAGAGAAAGAGAAAGAUGAAGAGGAAGAGGAAGAGUCUCAUAUUCUCACAGAUUUUAGUGAAUGCAUGUAUGGCUAUGAGGACAAAGCAGAAUUUGAAGAAGCAUUUGACAAUAUGAGACAUAAAGUGCAUAAGCAAAGUUGGUUAGAUAGUAUCUACAAGUUGAAAGAAAAGUGGGCUGAAUGCUAUAUGAGAGAUGUGUUCAGUUUGGGAGUGAGAAGUACACAACUUAGUGAGAGCUUCAACAAUUCAUUGAAAAAACAUUUGAAAUCAGAUUUUCAUAUUGUUCGGUUCUUGAUGCAUUUUGAGAGGACAGUGGAGGUAAAAAGAAGACAGGAAUUGCAAUCUGAAUUUGAGGCAAGGAAGAAGAUACCAAGAAUCAAGAUGCACACACCUAUGUUGGUGCAAGCAAGCAAAGAGUACACUCCAAUUAUUUUUGAAGCUUUUCAAGGUGAAUAUGAAAGAGCCAUGGCUGCGUGCACUAGAGUAUUGGAUGAGGAUAACAAAUUUGCGGUUUCUAUUUUGCAUGGUGAUUUAAAAUUUGAGGAUGAGCGCAUGGUGAUUGGUGAUCCUUUGACCAAAACAGCCGCAUGUAGUUGUGGAAUGUUCAAUAGGACGGGAAUAUUGUGUGGACAUGGUCUCAAAGUUCUUGAUCUAAUGAACAUAAAGACAUUGCCAACACAUUAUAUCCUAAAAAGAUGGACUAGAGAAGCACGCAAUGGAAGCAUACAAGAUAGACAAGGAAGGAAUGUGGUAGAAAAUCCAAAGUUGGAAGCUCAACUUCGGUACAAGCAUUUGUCCCACAAAUUUCAUAGUUUGGCACGUAAAGUAGCCAACUCCGAAGAGUGUUGUUUGAUGUUAGAAAAUGCAAUUGAUUUUGUUGGUCCACAAAUAGAAGAUAAACUUAAUGCAACUACCAAUGCUUCCGAUAAGCCAUGCAAUGAUCAAGAAAAUAUUGACCCAAAUGUGCAACUACCAAAUGAGCUUCUUAGUGCCGCAAAGCUCAAGAAGAAAGAGGUACAAUCAAAGAAUUUGAGGAGGAAGAAAACUUGGCUUGAUAAGUUACUCAAGGGGAAGCGGAAGCCAACUAAAGUUACCACAUCAAAAAACAAAGGAGCAAAGCAACAAAAGAAACAUGAUGGUGUAGAGCCUCAAGUAGGAGUGAAGAAGAAGGAUGGCUGCCAUAAAGGAGCAAAUGUGGAGCUUCAAGAAUGCAAUGCAAUCAUGAGUUUCACAGAGCUCUUGACAACUCCCUCAUAUGGUGUUUAUGAUGAUGAUAUGUUCUAGCAUGUACAAGCUUGUUAGAUAGUAUUUUGGACAUGGUUGGGUAGUAUUUUGGACAGGUUUGACUAUAGUAUUUUGGAUUUUGGGGCUAACUAUAGUCUUUUGUGGCCUAAUUGUACAAGUAGAUUGGCCAAAUUUAUCUACCAGAUGGAUUAUGUAAGAAAAGAUUGUUGGUCCAGAAUUUGAGUAUUAA